AUGCCCCUCCAAUCGCUUCCCAUGGAGACGGUUCUUGGCAUCGCGGAGAACCUCACUAAGAUGAAGGAUAUCAAUGCUCUGGUGCGCACUCACCCUCGUUUGAGGGACCAGCUGGACUAUCACCUUUACAAAAGGGAUGUCAAAGACCAUGAAGGUGCAGCUGCUCUCUGGGCUGCCGAGAAAGGCCAAUUGGCCACUCUGCGCAAGUCCAUUCUAGCCGGCGCAAAGAUUCCAAAGUCAGACCGGUUCAAAACUCAGGUCAAAUCUGAUAGUUUUGUUGAAUCUCUUUCUCCUAUCCCAAGAUACCCAAAGGCGCACCCUAUCACUGCUGCUGCCAUCGCUGGAUCCAAGGCCUGCCUUCGGCUCCUGAUUCGCUAUGGCGUUUAUCCCAACUUCCUUGAUGACCAUUUCGUCACUCCUAUUCAAGCAGCUGCCGCCAAAGGCCAUACUGGAGUAGUCGAAAUGCUUCUCGCCAACCACCCUGAGGUUUACAAGGGCUCUUUCACACUUCGACGCACCCUCAAGUCGGCCGCUAAAUUUGGCCAUCUUCCUGUUCUCAAGGUCCUUUUUGCUUACCUUGAAUCUCGCGAAUCUGGCGGUGAUCUCCCUGUUGCGCUUGCAGCACAGAUCAUUCUCUUUGAGGCACUCUGGCACGACAAACUUGACAUCGCUCGUUUUGCUAUCAGCAAGGGAGCAGAUGUGAAUGCAAAGAAUGCAGAGGCUGCAAUGUGGUUCGUGACUGAUGUGGCCCCUUGGGAGCGAGUUUCCCGCGAGCGCCGGGUUCUGAGACAGGAGCACAAGUCCAAGAAACUCAUACUAGGACAGCAUGUGUUCGGAUGGAGACAGCAUGCUUGUGAUAUUAUGGAUGCCGCUAUGACUGGCUGCAAUUUUUCGCUCGCCAAUUUGGUUAUUGAAGCAGGCUACAAGGGCUACAACGGUCAACAGGGCAUGACAAGUAUCCCAGCUGUUAUGGCAUUGAGCCAUUACAGAGCACUCCAGGUUCUGAUCAGCACUGGAGACCGCCCUCGGCUUUGGCCCAACGGGAACUGGGGCAACAGUGUUGACUGGUCAUCUUGA